CAUUGUUUACACGCGGGCGCGCGAGCUACAGUGAAACAAGUAGUAGCCAUUCAAGGACGCGGGUUAGUGUGUCGGUAAGCCUCGCGCAGUGCGGCUGCCUUCUUGCAAUUACGAUUUUUCGAUUAAUCAUUUUCUUUUCUUGUCUCUUGUAUUUAUUGAGUUGCGCGAAAAGUACGCGAGCGAUUCUUAUCGAGUUUUCUUCGUUGUCGGCGGGGCUUUUCUAAUUCGUUCUCAUGCGAGGAACGAUUGUUCAACGGUACCGAAAGUAAAAAAGAUUGUUAAAACAUGAACUCGUCGGUAAGAAAUCCAACGAAAACGAAUCCACUGUCGGACAACAACAACAAGUCACUCGUCGUCAACGGGUCGGUAAAGAAGACGAUGACUGGCAAGGAGAACGUCGAGUGCCUGGGCGGCUCGAAAAUCCCUACGGUCUCUGACGCGUCCAAGCAGUCCGCUGCUUUUAUCGCCAGGAAGGCCCCCGAUGUCAGCUGCGACAACAAGCCCCUACGGCCCAAGGGUUUAACAGAAAAUGAAAAUGAAUCCACCUCCCGUCGGACCUACUUCGUUGAGAAAAAGACGUCGAAUGAUGUAGGCGUACCGAGUACUGAAACCUACCCCAAAUCUUCGGUUCCGGUCUACGCUGAUGGCUCUAAUACGCCAAACGAUGCUGAAGCCAAUACCGAAAAAAUGCAAGAAGUCAGCCAUGUACACAACAAAAAACCUUCUCGGACGUUGCAAGAGGACAAGAAAAAGCUGUCGUCCGAUACAGACGUAUCGAAUAACAAAACUUAUACGAAAUAUUCGAUUCCCAGCAUCGUCCACGACGCUGAUACGCAAAAUGAUGUUGAUGCCAAUAUCGGUGAAUACAAGCAAAUGUGCAAUAAGUUAGUGUUACGAGUGUUGCAAGAGGAUAAGAGGCCGGUAAAAUCACCUCAAGAUCUUCCACAUAUACCGAAAACAAAUGUCUUCAAAAUCAAAGAAGAGCAUAAAAGAGUAUCGGAGAAAAAAGAUCAGCGCCCGAAACGCGGCAAUUUGUCGCUUGAAUUAGCCUACAAUAUGGAUUACAUGGCCGAGUACAUACGCUUUCAAAUGGAGAUCAACGAUAAGAAAAAAUUAUCCGACAAUUUUUUGAAGAAAAAUAUUACUCCGGACCAGAGGCGAUUGAUUGUGAAAUGGCUCAUCAGGGCAGGGACUUACUACAAAUAUCCGUCCUUUGUACUAUACCAAGCAGUGAAAAUAUUUGAUGCUUACAUCGACACGGUGUCGGCACACACUGACGAGCUGCAGAUAUUGGCCCUGGCGGCUCUGUGGAUAUCUUUGAAAAAAAAUUCGAGGAUCGAUGAAACCCCAGACGCCUCGACUCUAACCAAAUUGAUAAGUAAAGAUGUCCAAGAUGACAAUCAGACUCUUGCGAACUACGAGAGGAAAAUCUUGAUGUCGCUGAAUUUUGAGGUAUCGUUUUCUGAGCCCUUCUCGCUUCUCGCAUUGUACACGGUAAUGCUCGAGGAAGUUCAACGGCAGUCCUCGUCCCAGGUCCAGGAUAUAUACUACUGUGGUAGUUAUCUGAUCGACCUGUCGCUGCUGCAUCACAAGAUUUACAAUCUGUCGGCAGUGCACUUGGCAGCGAUCUGCGCCGAGAUGGCGCUCGUCAUAACCAUGCCGAAUAUUGCAAAUUUGGAUUGUCCCAAGAACUACUGGAGGAAUCGAGUGUACACGGCCAAUCCUAUCCUCGCCAAGUAUCGUUACAGCUUGCCGGAAGAGCAGAUGGAUUACGUCGGUACGCAACUUAUGCAAAAAGUCAUCCAAUCGAAGGAGGAGAACACCGAUUAUCACGCGGUUUACAAAAAAUACAGCACCAAACGAUACGGACCGAUCUCGCAAUUUAUAACGUCGAAAAUAACGGCCAUGUAUUUAAAGAAGGUCAAUGAUCCAGUUUACCGCUCGCGUCCAAUCGUCUUUUAAAGACGUGUCUCUAUACGAGAACAGCUUAGAAUAUUAUAAUUUAUUUUUCUAAUUAAUUAAUAAUUUGUACAUAGAAUAGAAAUUGAUCAAUUUCGUUUUAACGGUGAAGCUGUCGGCAUAUUUUUCUCAUGUAAUGUUUAAAAUGUGACUUUUGCGCCUCUAUAAAAUGAUCUACAAAAAGUCGUGUCGAGCACGAGAACGCAGAGGGCGAAUUUAUCGACAUCUUCAUCGAGCGAACGAAAAUAUUGUAUAUGUAAAUUUACCAUUUUUUGGUGAUGAUUCAGGAAUUAUUACUAUACUUUUUAUCUAUUUUAUUUAUCAGACUUUAUUGUGCAAUGAAUUUCGAUGAAUUAGGCGAUAAAAAUAUGAUAGAAAUUCGUUGGGAAGAUGUAUGACGAGUUUAAACGUGAU